AUGAACUUGGACGUGUCUUUUGUGCGUUCGUUCGCUGUCCCUGUUCCAUCCGGAGGCCAUCAUCACCAUCAUCAUCAAGUAUCCUCAUCAAAUUUGACUGGUACCUAUCAAAAGCUUCUACAACGUCGUCAAGAUUUAUGUAAUUCAGCUAAAAGAUCAUCAGAAAUAUCGACAACUUUUGAACAAACCGUAACAUUCAUUGACCAAUUAAAACGUAAUCAACAUAGAGCAACAACAGAGAUAAAUCAUAUACCACACGAAAAUAAUAACGAUAAAAAAACUUUAACACCACAACAAUUAUCCUUUCAAGUUAAUUUAAAACUUGACCAUCUUAUACGAACGCGCGUUAUUGAACGAAAUCGUGUUAUAAGUCGAGCAAAUACUUUGCCGAGAUCUCCAAUGAAAUCAAAAAUGACCCCUACAAUUACACCGAGAGAAAAUCUAAAUCGAACAACCCUAUCAGAUAUCAGUCUUUUAAGACAGAAAAAUGUUGUUUCAUCAUCCACAACAACAUCAAAUACUACGAUAUUACAGGAUGACCUGAUCGAUAAGGAAUCCUUUGAAGAUAACGAUGAGAUAUAUGAGGAGUUGGGUGAAGAAGAAAAUAUGAAUUUUAUACAACAACAAGCGGCAAUGGAUAAAGAUCCGUUUGAAAUGGAAGAUGAAGAAGAUGAAGCUGAACUUGAAGAAGAAUCACUUCGUAGUUCGGAAAGUGAUCUUGAUACAGACACUUCAUUUUCACUCGAUCCAGCUUUACUUCUCUCCGAUAAAACUCGUCGAGUUGGUAAUACAGAAGUCAGAUCUGGCCUUAUACCAAGUUUAUUUACUAAUGUUCCACCGACGGUUCGAUUUUGUACAGAAAAUCAACGAAUUGAACCCCUUCCGUUACCAUUACGAAAAAUGUUGAAAUGGAAAAUGAGUACAAUAACGCCCAAUGUUGUUAAAAAUGCAGUAACACGCUCUGGUUUUCGUUUAAUCAGCGGUGAUGAGGGCAACGAUUGGCUAGGUACAUGGUCGCGCCAUAUGAAACCAAUCUGUUUCAAAGCUAUUCGUGAAUAUCAAAAGGUGAAUCAUUUUCCAGGCUCGUUUCAAAUUGGACGAAAAGAUCGUCUAUGGCGAAACCUCUCACAUAUGCAAGCUGUUCAUUCAAGACGCGAAUUUGACUUUGUGCCACAAACCUUUGUUUUACCAGCUGACCUUUUACUUUUUAAACGUGUUUUUGAAGAAUUAACAGAUACUAAAGAAUCAAAAUGGAUCAUUAAACCGCCAGCGAGUGCUCGAGGACAAGGAAUUCGUGUCAUCAGUAAAAUGGAACAUGUACCAAAAAAACGUCCAGUUAUUGUACAAAAAUAUAUUGCCAAUCCAUAUUUAAUUAAUGGACAUAAAUUUGAUUUACGACUUUAUGUUUAUGUUACAUCCCAUGAUCCAUUGCGAAUCUAUCUGUUUGAUGAUGGCUUAACUCGAUUUGCUUCGAGAAAAUAUUCUUCAUCGGUCAAAUCAUUAAGUGAUCGUUUUAUGCACUUGACGAAUUAUUCAAUUAAUCGUUAUAAUAGUGAAUAUAAAACAAAUAAUGAUUCAGGAGCAUGUACUGGACAUAAAUGGAGUUUAAAAGCAUUGUGGACUUACUUAAAAAAACGUGAUCUUGAUGUAGCAGAUAUUAUGGAAAAAAUUAAAGAUUUAAUUGUUAAAACGAUCAUCAGUGCUGAUGCAUAUAUUAAUGUAUUAACAAAAGCUAAUGUACGACGCAAAUUUAGUGUUCACGAACUUUUCGGUUUUGAUGUUAUACUCGAUGAACAAUGUAAACCGUACAUUGUUGAAGUAAAUAUUUCGCCAAGUUUACAUUCGAAUUCACCAUUAGAUAUCAGUGUAAAAGGUGCGAUGAUCGCUGAUUUGCUUAAUUUAAGCGGUUUUAUGAUACCGGAUCGACGAGAUAUUUUAUAUGAAGGUUCAGCACGAAGAAAACCUAAAUUACCCAAAUGUCUUAUAUUCGAUCGUCGAGUUCUUCCACAAGGAUUAUCAACAGACGAGAAACUUAAACAUCAACAUUUUGCUCAACGUUAUCAUGAUGAACAAUCUCGACGAAAUAUUCUUGAUGUUUUAACACCAGAUGAUUUACGAAUUCUAAUCGAAUCAGAAGAUGAAUACUCACGACGUGGUUCAUUUGAACGUAUUUUUCCAACGAAUCAAACACGAAAAUAUUUAAAAUACUUUGAAACACCCCGUUAUUAUAAUUUACUAUUGAAUGAAUGGAUUUCAAAAUAUAGUCGAAUGGAAGAACGAGGUAUCGCACUUUUGAAUACAUAUUGUAAAAAAGGAAUUCAUUUACAACAUCCUGCUACUGACCAAAAUCAUAUGUGGACGCAAUAUCAAAAACUUCAAGGACAUUUAUCUCAUCGCGACAAUGAUAAUACGAAUGGUUCCUAUUUAGAUUUAAACAUGGAACCUGAGCAUCGACAAUUAUUAUCACUCUUAGAUGAAUUAAUGAAACCAAUAUCAACAAUAAAAAUUUCACCUGAAGAUGCAGAACAAGAUCAACUGUUAACCAUUAACUUUAUUUUUUCCAAUGCUAUUGAUCAUUUUAUUCAAAUAAGCACACCUAUCGGUAUAACAAUACCUUUCGACAACGAUCAACAAAUUUAUUAUCGUUACUUACAAAUUCAUUUGCAUCUUAUCGAAAAAAUUAUUUCCCAUGAGCAAGCACAUCUUGUCUCGAGUCAUCUUCCAUUGUUUAGUGUACAAGAUGAAUCUAUUCUAUCUCGUUCAUUAUCAUUUGUUGUUCUUCUUGGUCUUGUACUUCAUUUCGAUGAUGGAAUUUUUCUUUCGAUAGAAAACUAUCUAAAAUAUUCUCAAGCAUCUAUACAUUUAUUAAAAUUAAAAAGUCAUUUAACACAUCAUGAUCGAAUGUCUAAUUUAAAUCAAACAUUAAAUUUUCUAAUGCAAUUAAUUUCAACUAUGAAUAAAAAUUCCGUUCUAACUCAACGUCUCUGUGCAAAUUAUUUAUUAGAAUUAAUUCUUAGUCAUCUCCAAUUACUUUAUUCGCCUAAUCUAAAAUACUCAUCAGAAGAAUAUCCAAUCGCAAAUCUACAAGACACGUUACUUUACCUUCAAGAUACAUUCUCCAAUCUAUUCAUUCAACAGAUACUAUUAUUAAAUCGUUUAUUGUCGACAACAAUUAAUAGUCCAACGUGGCUUAAAAAUCGCUGUGGAGAUCUGUUGACAUCAAUAUUAAUUCAUCCAAGCAAUCGUGGUAUCCGUCAAAUACUAGAAACAAUAUUUGAUUCAACAUCGCCCAACGAUCGACUCUAUACAUCUGUCGCAAAAAUUCUUUCAACUUGUCCAAAACAAUUAAAACCUGAAGAAUAUUUUCAACGUAUUAAAUAUCAAUUUAUUGAACUUAUUCAUGAUCAACGUUAUAUGCCUGUAAUAGCUAUAGCAAUAAGUCGAUUAUUGAAGAGAUAUGAAAAAUUAAUGGAGCAUGAAAUUUUGUCGAUAUUAUUUCAUCCAUUGAUUUCCUGUCGAAAUCGUCUAUUAAAUCAAAUUUGUACGAAUGAACAAUGCGAAUUAUUUAUAGAUGAUUUACAUAAUUUAAUAAUUCUACAACCCAAUGAACACAUGCGAAUUUAUUUAUAUGAAAAUUUUCUCAAUGAAUUAAUGAAUAUUUAUCUUGCAUUAGAAAAUUCUUUAUCACCAUUGAAAAUAAAAUUUUUUAAUAUUAUGAAAGUGUUAUUUUCAUCAAUGACAAGUGAAAUAUACAUCGAAUAUUUCAAAAGAAUUUUAUUCGAUUUUAAAUUUCUUUCAUUAAAAUUCCUUCCGGAUGAAUCAUCGAUAUUUUAUUUAAUUAUUGAUGAAAAUUCUGAAUAUAAUUUCGAAAUAUAUUGUCAAAUAAUAACAAAAAUUUUAUUUUCUACUGAUAAUAAUGAUGGAUUAGUGGUGAAAAUAUUUCUUGAUCUAUUACAAUUAUUAAUAACGAAUAAUCGAUCUAGUCAAGUACUUAUUUGGACAGAAAAUGAAAAACAAACCAGUAUGAAACAAAUCAAAAUUAUGCAUAUUUUAAAAUAUAUUAUGGAGUAUUUAACAGAUCAUAUUGAUAUAUUUAUUAAAAAUGUUGAUGAUACAAUUAGAGUUAUACAGAUUAUUCUUGAAAAAGUAACGAAAACAUGUCAAGAAAAAGCAAAAGAAAAUUUCCUUACAAAAAUAAUUACUCAUGAAAAUGAUGAUAAUGAUGAUGAUUUAUCAUCCGAUAAUGAAGCAUUACAAAUUAUUUUUACUAUUGCAUCAUUAUUAAUAACAAAUUAUGAACAAUUAUCAUCUGAAAAUAAACAAAUUCUAGCGUCAUUCUAUCCUUCGCUAAUAUGGAUUAAAGAAAAUCAUUCAAAUAAUGAACUUAGUCAAUUGGCAAAUGAAUUAUCAAUGGCAUUUGUAACUUUCGGAGCUGUAAAAGAAGUUUCAACAAAAUCAAAAACUAAAUUAUUAAUUGAAGAAAUUAAUGAAGAACGUGAUUUACGUGAAGAAACAUUUCAGAAUGCUUUUGCAUGUUUAUACGAUUCAAGUAUACCAAUACGUGCUCAUGGUUUAAUUUUAUUUCGACGUCUAAUUGAACGAUCUGAUAAAGAAACAUUAACGCAAAUUCAAGAUAACAAUAUGAAAUUAUUCGAACGUUUUCAAGAACAUUUACACGCGGAUGAUUCAUAUGAAUAUUUAGCAGCUAUCAAUGUUCUUAGUGCACUAGCAAAUCAAUAUACAGAUAAAAUUUUGCCUUUACUUUGCAAUGAAUAUUUGAAUAAGAAUAGAAAAUUAGAAGAUAAAUUAAAAGUUGGAGAAAUUCUAGUUAAAACAUGCCGAUCUUUCGGAGAGAUGUCAACAAAAUAUUCGUCACUAUUAAUUAAUACAUUACUUAAUGCAUCGAAACAAACCGAUGAUGAUAUUUAUCGAGCAAGUGCACUAUCGAAUCUUGGUCAACUAUGUACUGUUCUUAGAUAUUCACUUUCUAAAGAUCUUUCUGAAAUUUUAAUUGCCUUGAAAAGUUAUUUAUCCGUGUCGGAAUCGUCAGAUGUUCGACGUGCAUCAAUUCUUGUUUGUGAACUUCUAUGUCAAUCACUUGAACAAUCAACGUGGUUAACUAUACUUGGCAAUGAGUUGUCAUCGUUUUAUCAAUUAAUCAAUCAUCUCUAUAAAAACGAUAAAGAUGAUAUAGUUUGCCUACACGCACAAAUAGCUCUUGAAGCACUAAAUAAAAUCUCACGAGAUUAUUUACAGCCACCUAUUAUUCUAGAGAAAAAAAUUCGUAUUUUGUCAUAA